AUCGUUAAUGCAUGCGUGUCAUCUCAACUCAACUCAACUCAAGAUAAGAUUUUUCGCGUCACUUCCUCCGAUCACCCCUACCUACUCCCACCAUGUCGAAGAACCAUCUACAACUCUUCCACUAUAUAAAUCUCCUUCCUCUCCUACUCACUAUUUCACAUAUUAACUCCUAUUAUCCAUGGCGUCGGAUCAUCAACUUCUUUCUCAAACAGCCACUCAAAUCCUUAUUCCCCUGUGCACAGCCAUCGGAAUAGCCUUCUCGCUUCUCCAAUGGCGUAUAGUCUCUCGUGUCAAGGUAUCUCCGCCGACAACCAACAACAGAAACGGCUAUAACAACCUUCUUAUCAAUGAAGAAGAAGAAGAAGAGGACGGAAUCGAUGAAGACAGCAUCCUUCUUAAAUGUGCCGAAAUCCAAACCGCCAUUUCAGAAGGUGCUACAUCUUUUCUGUUCACCGAGUACAAAUAUGCUGGCGUUUUCAUGAUGGCAUUUGCAAUCUUGAUAUUCCUUUUCCUCGGUUCAGUUAAGGGAUUCAGCACAAAGACCCAAACUUGCACAUACGACGGCCAAAAGAUGUGUAAGCCAGCCCUAGCCACUGCUAUCUUCAGCACAGUGUCUUUCUUACUUGGUGCUGUCACCUCUCUCUUAUCUGGUUUCCUUGGAAUGAAAAUUGCAACUUAUGCUAAUGCUAGAACUACUUUAGAAGCAAGAAAGGGUGUUGGGAAAGCCUUUAUAGUUGCAUUUAGGUCUGGUGCAGUUAUGGGUUUCCUUCUUGCUGCUAAUGGGCUCUUGGUAUUAUAUAUCACCAUUAACUUAUUUAAGCUUUACUAUGGUGAUGAUUGGGAAGGACUUUUUGAGGCUAUUACUGGUUAUGGCCUUGGUGGUUCUUCCAUGGCUUUGUUUGGGAGAGUUGGUGGAGGUAUCUAUACAAAAGCUGCUGAUGUUGGGGCUGAUCUUGUUGGGAAGGUUGAAAGAAACAUUCCUGAAGAUGAUCCAAGGAAUCCAGCUGUUAUUGCAGACAAUGUUGGAGAUAAUGUGGGUGAUAUUGCAGGUAUGGGUUCUGAUCUAUUCGGAUCAUAUGCUGAAUCUUCUUGUGCUGCACUUGUUGUUGCCUCCAUUUCUUCCUUUGGUAUCAACCAUGAUUUUACUGCAAUGUGUUAUCCGCUGCUCAUUAGUUCUGUCGGAAUCGUUGUCUGCUUGAUCACAACCCUUUUCGCUACUGAUUUUAUCGAAAUCAAGGCUGUCAAAGAAAUCGAACCAGCACUGAAGAAUCAGCUUAUUAUCUCUACUGUUUUGAUGACUUUGGGAAUUGCAUUGGUUAGCUUUAUUGCCCUGCCAUCGUCCUUCACAAUUUUCAAUUUCGGCUCACAGAAAGUUGUUAAGAAUUGGCAGCUUUUUCUUUGUGUUGCUGUUGGGCUCUGGGCUGGACUUAUAAUAGGAUUUGUAACAGAGUACUACACAAGCAAUGCUUAUAGCCCAGUUCAAGAUGUUGCGGAUUCCUGCCGAACUGGAGCAGCUACAAAUGUUAUAUUCGGUCUUGCCCUGGGAUACAAAUCUGUCAUAAUUCCGAUAUUUGCCAUAGCUGUUAGUAUCUUUGUGAGUUUCAGCUUUGCAGCCAUGUAUGGUAUUGCAAUGGCUGCCCUUGGCAUGCUUAGCACGAUUUCCACAGGAUUGGCAAUUGAUGCAUACGGUCCUAUAAGUGACAAUGCUGGUGGCAUUGCUGAGAUGGCUGGUAUGAGCUACAAAAUUCGCGAGAGAACCGAUGCUCUCGAUGCUGCUGGGAAUACAACCGCCGCCAUAGGAAAGGGUUUUGCAAUAGGAUCGGCAGCAUUGGUGUCAUUGGCAUUAUUUGGGGCGUUUGUAAGUCGAGCGUCGAUCACAGUGGUUGAUGUUCUGACUCCUAAGGUGUUCAUUGGUUUGAUUGUGGGUGCCAUGCUCCCUUACUGGUUUUCUGCCAUGACAAUGAAGAGUGUGGGGAGUGCAGCUUUAAAGAUGGUUGAGGAGGUUAGAAGGCAAUUCAACACCAUUCCAGGACUAAUUGAGGGCACUGCUAAGCCAGACUAUGCAACAUGUGUCAAGAUCUCUACGGACGCUUCGAUUAAGGAGAUGAUACCCCCUGGUGCACUUGUGAUGCUUACUCCCUUGAUUGUUGGAACCUUCUUUGGUGUCGAGACCCUCUCUGGCCUGCUUGCUGGUGCCCUUGUUUCUGGCGUCCAGGUAGCAAUCUCUGCAUCAAACACUGGUGGAGCUUGGGACAAUGCAAAGAAAUACAUUGAGGCUGGAGCCUCUAUACAUGCGAGAAGCCUGGGGCCAAAAGGAUCGGAUAGCCACAAGGCAGCCGUGAUCGGAGACACGAUAGGGGAUCCUCUCAAGGACACAUCAGGACCGUCAAUCAACAUUCUCAUCAAGCUCAUGGCGGUUGAAUCGCUUGUUUUUGCUCCCUUCUUUGCAACCCAUGGUGGUUUGCUCUUCAAGAUCUUUCGAUAAG